GAGUGCAGAAAACCUUUAAGAUCAAGAUCUCCCUGAAGCUUCACUCUGCAGUUUUCUUUUGAGCUUCUGACGUGGUGCUUGUUUCAGGACAGCCCUCAUGGCUGCAGCAGCUGUCUUCCACACUCCCAGCGAGGUGAUCGCUCUGGCACCAGGACAGGUGCCUGGGGGCGCUCAGUUUACCACUGGUACCAUUUGCCAGUAUGUGCCUUCCUCCGUCGUCUGUCAGGGGCAAGCUGACCUGAAGAAAUUUCUGACUGGAGAGCCAAAAGCGCUGGGAGUGGUCCAGAUCAUGAUUGCGGUGGCGCUUGUAUUGCUGGGCGGGAUCCAGAUUGUUGCACUGCAGGUUACAGUUGGAAUCCCGGGGAUCCCCUUCUGGGGUGCUGUGUUUUACAUCGUCUCCGGAUCUCUUUCUGUUGCAGCGAGCAACUAUCCUAGAUCUGCCUUGAUCAAUGGAGCCCUGGCCAUGAACAUUUUCAGUAGUGUUGUGGCUUGCAUCGGCGCAGUCCUCAGUGGAAUUAAUAUUGUUAUUCAUAAAUCUUAUGAUUACACAAACAGAUAUAAUAGCAUGCUGCAGUGGUCGACAGUGUCCAUGUCCAUGGGCCUGAGUGCUGCGAUGCUGAUUCUCUCCAUGCUGGAGCUUGCUGUGGCCGUCUCCACAGCUAUCUUCUGCUGUAAAGCCACCUGCUGCAGCUCCUCUCCGCCGCACACCAUUCUUCUCCAGCAAGUAACCAGCCAGCCGGCUCCAGGACCUGUGCAGAAUGUGACCUACCCUCCUCUGGCUCAGUCUCCCUGCCCCAGUGCUCCUCUGAUCAACAACGUCCAGAACGCUCCUCCGUCUUACUCCAAGGACUGAGUCCAGCAGAAAGCAUCCCUGCCUUGCUGAGCAUCUGUGUCUGCAAUGUGCUUCUUUUCCUCUAGAGCUCCUGUCCUCUGUAUAACAUAAGUAUGACUUAAAAUUUACAGACAACUACUGUACCUACAGUUACUUAUCAGAUGUUAAUUCAUAAAUGAUUUCUUCUGGGUGGGUCUUGAAGGAUUUUCGCCUUCAACAGCAUGACUGGAUAGCUUGUUCCAUACUCCUCCUGCCCUUUGUGUAAAGAAGUGCCUCAGAUCUACUCGCAAAUGUAUUUUUAAUUGCAGAAGUAGUAUUGGCAGCACUGCCAUAGCGUCCAUCUACUUAAACAGUCUUCGCUGUUGCAAAAACAACUGUAGCUCUGAUAAUUAUUUCUCACAUUUAUUUUUAGAAUUUUCUGUGGAUUUCUGGGAAAGAGCUGUUGUUCGCUGGUGGAACUGCACUGUUUUUAAUGACCUAUUUUCUUGUAAUCUUACGGUUUUAAGUUAAAUGACCUUACUACCAGUGCAAAAUAAAAAAAAAAGGCAUUGGGGAGUUUAAUUACUGUAUAUGCUCUAGCUUUUAUAUACAGAAAGCAUGAGAGGAGGACUUUUUUAAUUACUUUCAUUUUUUUUAAUAUCAUUAUAUAUGAGACAGAGUAUCUAUAUACAGAUAUAAAAAAUGGCUGAGCUACACAUCAGUUUUUGUAUGUAAAAUCAUAACAAAAAUGAUAAUAUACUGUCUGUAACACCCUGUUAUUAUUUUUUAUUUAUGAACAUAUAA